ACAGCCCAACACUGUGCAUGACGUUUGGCAUUUGCCAGAGAACACCAAGAUUUGCAAAUUCGCCACUGGCGCCCUGUGCUCUUCACAGAUGAAAGCAGGUUCACACUGAGCACGUGACAGACGUGACAGAGUCUGGAGACGCCGUGGAGAACAUUCUGCUGCCUGCAACAUCCUCCAGCAUGACCGGUUUGGCGGUGGGUCAGUCAUGGUGUGGGGUGGCAUUUCUUUGGGGGGCCGCACAGCCCUCCAUGUGCUCGCCAGAGGUAGCCUGACUGCCAUUAGGUACCGAGAUGAGAUCCUCAGACCCCUUGUGAGACCAUAUGCUGGUGCGGUUGGCCCUGGGUUCCUCCUAAUGCAAGACAAUGCUAGACCUCAUGUGGCUGGAGUGUGUCAGCAGUUCCUGCAAGAGGAAGGCAUUGAUGCUAUGGACUGGCCCGCCCGUUCCCCAGACCUGAAUCCAAUUGAGCACAUCUGGGACAUCAUGUCUCGCUCCAUCCACCAACGCCACGUUGCACCACAGACUGUCCAGGAGUUGGCGGAUGCUUUAGUCCAGGUCUGGGAGGAGAUCCCUCAGGAGACCAUCCACCACCUCAUCAGGAGCAUGCCCAGGCGUUGUAGGGAGGUCAUACAGGCACGUGGAGGCCACACACACUACUGAGCCUCAUUUUGACUUGUUUUAAGGACAUUACAUCAAAGUUGGAUCAGCCUGUAGUGUGGUUUUCCACUUUAAUUUUGAGGGUGACUCCAAAUCCAGACCUCCAUGGGUUGAUAAAUUUGAUUUCCAUUCAUAAUUUUUGUGUGAUUUUGUUUUCAGCACAUUCAACUAUGUAAAGAAAAAAGCAUUUAAUAAGAUGAUUUCAUUCAUUCAGAUCUAGGAUGUGUUAUUUUAGUGUUCCCUUUAUUUUUUUGAGCAGUGUAUAUAGGUAGGGAUAAAGUAGCAGCAGCGUAUGUGACGAGUCAAAAGAGUUAGUGCAAAAAGGGUCAAUGCAGAUAUUCCGGGUAGCUAGAUCUAGGAUGUGUUAUUUUAGUGUUCCUUAAUUUUUUUGACCAGUGUAUAUAUAUAUAUAUAUAUAUAUAUAUAUAUAUAUAUAUAUAUAUAUGUAUAUAUAUACAUACAGUGGGGAGAACAAGUAUUUGAUACACUGCCGAUUUUGCAGGUUUUCCUACUUACAAAGCAUGUAGAGGUCUGUAAUUUUUAAUCAUAGGUACACUUCAACUGUGAGAGAUGGAAUCUAAAACAAAAAUCCAGAAAAUCACAUUGUAUGAUUUUUAAGUAAUUAAUUUGCAUUUUAUUACAUGACAUAAGUAUUAGAUACAUCAGAAAAGCAGAACUUAAUAUUUGGUACAGAAACCUUUGUUUGCAAUUACAGAGAUCGAAACGUAUGAUCUCUGUAAUUGCAAACAAAGGUUUCUGUACCAAAUAUUAAAUUCUGCUUUUCUGAUGUAGGUCUUGACCAGGUUUGCACACACUGCAGCAGGGAUUUUGGCCCACUCCUCCAUACAGACCUUCUCCAGAUCCUUCAGGUUUCGGGGCUGUCGCUGGGCAAUACGGACUUUCAGCUCCCUCCAAAGAUUUUCUAUUGGGUUCAGGUCUGGAGUCUGGCUAGGCCACUCCAGGACCUUGAGAUGCUUCUUACGGAGUCACUCCUUAGUUGCCCUGGCAGUGUGUUUCGGGUCGUUGUCAUGCUGGAAGACCCAGCCACGACCUAUCUUCAAUGCUCUUACUGAGGGAAGGAGGUUGUUGGCCAAGAUCUCGCGAUACAUGGCCCCAUCCAUCCUCCACUCAAUACGGUGCAGUCGUCCUGUCCCCUUUGCAGAAAAGCAUCCUCAAAGAAUGAUGUUUACACCUUCAUGCUUCACGGUUGGUAUGUUGUUCUUGGGGUUGUACUCAUCCUUCUUCUUCCUCCAAACACGGCGAAUGGAGCUUAGACCAAAAAGCUCUAUUUUUGUCUCAUCAGAACACAUGACCUUCUCCCAUUCCUCCUCUGGAUCAUCCAGAUGGUCAUUGGCAAACUUCAGACUGGCCUGGACAUGCGCUGGCUUGAGCAGGGGGACCUUGCGUGCACUGCAGGAUUUUAAUCCAUGCCGGCGUAGUGUGUUACUAAUUGUUUUCUAAAAUGUUAUAAAAUGUUAUUCGUAAUGUACACAGUUUACAGCAGGUAUAACAUGUGCAGUUAAAUGCUUGUAUGCUCCCUCAACAUUACAAUAAUCAACAUCUACAAUAGGAUAUACAGAGUAGAUCAUGAACAAUAGGAUAUACAGAAUAGAUGAUGAAUGUGCUAUGUCAAGUAUGACUGUAUUUACAAAUAUAAAGUGGGUAGUGUCUUGAUCACACAGUUGAAUAAAUAGUAUAUAACAUGUGGUCCUUUGUAGCUCAGUUGGUAGAGCAUGGUGCUUGUAACGCCAGGGUAGUGGGUUCGAUCCCCGGGACCACACGUGUGAAAUGUAUGCGCGCAUGACUGUAAGUCACUUUGAAUAAAAGUGUCUGCUAAAUGGCAUAUAUUAUUAUUAUUAUUAUUAUUAUUAUUAUUAUAGAACAGCAGUGUGUGUGUGUGUGUGUGAGAGAGAGUAUUUGUGUUUAUUUAUGUGUGCUUGUGAGUAAGGGUUGGAUGUGUGGAGAGGCAUUGCAAAUAGUCUCUAAGGUGCAGGUAGUCUCUAAGGUGCAGGUGGUCCCUGAGGUGCAGAUAGUCUAUGAGGUGCAGGUGGUCUCUGAGGUGCAAAUAGUCCUAAAGGUGCAAAUAGUCUUAAAGGUGCAAAAAUGUCUCUAAGGUGCUGGUAGUCUCUAAGGUGCAGGCAGUCUCUGAGGUGCAGGUAGUCUCUGAGGUGAAGAUAGUAUCUGAGGUUGAGGUAGUCUCUGAGGUGCAGAUAGUCUCUGAGGUGCAGAUAGUCUCUGAGGUGCAAAUAGUCUCUAAGGUGCAGAUAGUCUCUGAGGUGCAGGUAGUCUCUAAGGUGCAGAUAGUCUCUAAGGAGCAGAUAGUCUCUGAGGUGCAGAUAGUCUCUGAGGUGCAGGUAAUCUCCGAGGUGCAAAUAGUCCUAAAGGUGCAAAUAGUCUUAAAGGUGCAAAUAGUCUUAAAGGUGCAAAUAGUCUCUAAGGUGCAAAUAGUCUCUAAGGUGCAAAUAGUCUCUAAGGUGCAGAUAGUCUCUAAAGUGCAGAUAUUCUCUAAGGUGCAUGUAGUCUCUAAGGUGCAGAUAGUCUCUAAGGUUUAGGUAUUCUCUAAGGUACAUGUAGUCUCUAAGGUGCAGAUAGUCUCUGAGGUGCAGGUAGUCUCUGAGGUGCAGAUAGUCUCUAAGGUGCAGGUCUGUGCAGGGAGACAGCCAGGGUUAGCAGUGAGUGUUGUUAGACUGUAGGUGGCUUUGAGAUUGUUGUUUCUCUUCAUGUUUUUAUUUCUAGGUAGCUGGUCUUGAAACAGUUCUGGGGACAAAAGAGCUGUGGGCCAUGAUGCUAUCCCUGUCUCUGAUACCUGCCCUGCUACAGUACCUGACCCUCCCCUUCUGCCCUGAGAGCCCCAGAUACCUGCUCAUCAACAGGGGCCAGGAGAUCCAGGCAGAGACUGGUGGGUAGCACUGUCACACACGGUACACACCAUUGUAGGUGUAGUAAUAUUUUAUAUGUGUAUAUACAGUUAAUUAUAUAUACCUCACAUGUGACUCGUAAUAAGACUAUGCAAUUAGCCCAUUUACUGAAUUAACUACAUAAAUAUUAUUUAGCAAUAUGCAAGAACAUUAUAGUUGAGUUACAGCAAUGAAGAAACAUCUGAAAAUGGAAUUCUAAAUAAAAUCGCAUUUAAAUUACGAGACAGACAAGUGACCUUGGAGCCUAUUUGUGCUCUGUUCUAACAAAUCUCUCUGCGUGUCAUGUAGAAAUGACCUAGUCUAAUCAUGCUCUUUUUCCACAUGCUUGAAGUUCUGAUUUUAACUGCUCUAUUUUGCGCUCUGAUGUCCUCCAGGGUUUCACAGUCGUAUCUAGCACGUUCAACGCUAGUUUGCCGCGAUUCAUUCUUCUUCGCUAUUCAUUCAUUCUUCUUCUUCUCUUCAUUGUGUAAAAACACAACAAGCAUCUUAGAUUGUUUCUUAUUCAGUAUAUUGGCAGUAAUGAAGACUUUCGUCCCAAAUCAAAUGUAAAACCGUACUUAUCCUUUUUGAUCAAAUCAUUAAUACGAGUCGAUUUGCCAUAACUCAAAAAUAUCAAUUGCUUGCAUAUUCACCAUCAUGUAAGCUAUGUAUUCGUUAUGUGUAUAUAGGGGAAUCUAACGGAAUAAACUCCAAUUUAGUCUAAAGUAUCCGUAAGAUACAAGAAGUCGGAAGCCGCCAUUUACUGUACCUCCAAAGUUCCUAAUGAUAUAUCACGUCGGGGUCACCAUUUACUGUAGUGUAGUAAUAUUUGAUAUGUGUAUUGUUACGUUUCCCUGCAAGAAAACCAAAAAAUGUCGCUCAAACAGAAGGGGGAACUAACAAAGAGGCACUGACCAACAACCAAACUGAAACAAGUGGGGUUUUAGGAGGGGUUCUGAAAGACACUCAUGGGGUUGUCAAGGGAAAGUUGACUAGCAACAACAACUGGAACAUAAAAAGACACCCACCAUGGGCGCCCAUUCAAUUUGCCCAAGAAGAGGCAAACAAAAGAAAAACCCCAACCAGACCAAACUUAAAGACAGGAAGCAAACUGCAAAAUGAAAACAGGGAAAUCAGACAAAAGGAAUGUUUUUCAAGAAAUCAACUAAAAGGUGUUGAUCCUCCAUAUAUCUCUCAAGACAACUGGAGAACUGGGCCAGCCACUCUGAAAUAUCACCUGGGCCAGCACAGGUGUCACACAUACUGACUAACGAGGUGACACCAAUCGGUGCGCCCUAUGUGCUAACGAGCUAUACGUGCUAAGGUCCAACCUCAAAAUAUAAAUAGAAAAACCAAAGCCUGUAAAAGUAUAUACAGUAUAUUAUAUAUUAUUAUAAAAGUAUAUACAGUAUAUUAUAUAUACCUCUGGUAGAGUUUAUGUCACUGAUAUCCCCUUGAGGGGUUAUAAGAUUGGUGGAAUAAUUUUGAAAGUUGCAUAAACACACAGGAUUUUAAAAAGCCAUAGACUAAGUUGGAUGCCUUUGUGGAAAACCCUACACAGGAUAUGCUAGAUACAGUGCCUUGCAAAAGUAUUCAUCUCCCUUUGCAUUUUUCCUAUUUUGUUGCAUUACAACCUGUAAUUUAAAUUGAUUUUUAUUUGGAUUUCAUGUAAUGGACAUACACAAAAUAGUCCAAAUUGGUGAAGUGAAAUGAAAAAAAUAACUGUGCGUAUGUAUUAACCCCCUUUGCUAUGAAGCCCCUAAAUAAGAUCUGGUGAACUAAUUACCUUCAGAAGUCAUAUAAUUAGUUAAAUGAAGUCCACAUGUGUGCAAUCUAAGUGUCACAUGAUCUGUCACAUGAUCUCAGUAUAUAUACACCUGUUCUGAAAGGCCCCAGAGUCUGCAACACCACUAAGCAAGGGGCACCACCAAGCAAGUAGCACCAUGAAGGAGCUCUCCAAACAGGUCAGGGACAAAGUUGUGGAGAAGUUAUAAAAAAAUAUCAGAAAAUGUGAACAUCCCCCAGAGCACCAUUAAAUCCAUUAUAAAAAAAUGGAAAGAAUAUGGCACCACAACAAACCUGCCAAGAGAGGGCCGCCCACCAAAACUCACAGAACAGGCAAGGAGGGCAUUAAUCAGAGAGGCAACAAAGAGAUGAAAGAUAACCCUGAAGGAGCUGCAAAGUUCCACAGCGGAGAUUGGAGUAUCUGUCCAUAGGACCACUUUAAGCCGUACACUCCACAGAGCUGGGCUUUACGGAAGAGUGGCCAGAAAAAAAGCCAUUGCUUUGAGAAAGAAAUUAGCAAACACGUUUGGUGUUCACAAAAAAGGCAUGUGGGAGACUCCUCAAACAUAUGGAAGAAGAUGCUCUGGUCAGAUGAGAAUAAAAUUGAGCUUUUUGGCCAUCAAGGAAAGCGCUAUGUCUGACGCAAACCCAACACUUCUCAUCACCCCGAGAACAGCAUGGUGGUGGCAGCAUCAUGCUGUGGGGAUGUUUUUUUAUCGGCAGCGACUGGGAAACUAGUCAGAAUUGAAGGAAUGAUGGAUGGCGCUAAAUACAGGGAAAUUCUUGAGGGAAACCUGUUUCAGUCUUCCAGAGAUUUGAGACUGGGACGGAGGUUCACCUUCCAGCAGGACAAUGACCCUAAGCAUACUGCUAAAGCAACACUUGAGUGGAGCAGUUUUGCCUCAAAGAAUGGGCAAAAAUCCCAGUGGCUAGAUGUGCCAAGCUUAUAGAGACAUACCCCAAGAGACUUGCAGCUGUAAUUGCUGCAAAAGGUGGCUCUACAAAGUAUUGACUUUGGGGGGGUGAAUAGUUGUGCACGCUCAAGUUUUCUGUUUUUUUUGUCUUAUUUCUUGUUUGUUUCACAAUAAAAACUAUUUUGCAUCUUCAAAGUGGUAGGCAUGUUGUGCAAAUCAAAUGAUACAAACCCUCAAAAAAAUCCAUUUUAAUUCCAGGUUGUAAGGCAAAAAAAUAGGAAAAAUGCCAAGGGGGGUGAAUACUUUCGCGAGCCCACUGUAAAUGUACGAAGGCGAAUCUGCUCAUCAUUGCAAAGCAUUAUGACAUCAAAGUUGCACAUGCCGAUUCAAAAGCAGUAGUCAGAGUGAGUUUAUACUGCUUUGGUAGAAGAGGAAAUCCUUCCGGAAGGAUCCUAGAGGUGGUAGAGUACGCUCCAUAGACCGGCAGCUGCGAGAGGUAGAACCAAAAUAAAAAUGGGAACAACUGAAAUUUCGAGCUUGAGCACUGGGAAAGACAAGAAGAACAUGCAGCCAGACUAGAACAAGAAGAACGUGCAGCCAGACUAGAACAUGAACAAGAAGAACGUGCAGCCAGACUAGAACAAGAAGAACGUGCAGCCAGACUAGAACAUGAACAAGAAGAACGUGCAGCCAGAUUAGAACAUGAACAAGAAGAACGUGCAGCCAGACUAGAACAUGAACAAGAAGAACGUCCAGCCAGACUAGAACAUGAACAAGAAGAACGUGCAGCCAGACUAGAACAUGAACAAGAAGAACGUGCAGCCAGACUAGAACAUGAACAAGAAGAACGUGCAGCCAGACUAGAACAAGAACAAGAAGAACGUGCAGCCAGUCUAGAACAUGAACAAGAAGAACGUGCAGCCAGACAAGAACAAGAAGAACGUGCAGCCAGACUAGAACAUGAACAAGAAGAACGUGCAGCCAGACUAGAACAAGAAGAACGUGCAGCCAGUCUAGAACAUGAACAAGAAGAACGUGCAGCCAGACAAGAACAAGAAGAACGUGCAGCCAGACUAGAACAUGAACAAGAAGAACGUGCAGCCAGACUAGAACAUGAACAAGAAGAACGUCCAGCCAGACUAGAACAAGAAGAACGUGCAGCCAGACUAGAACAUGAACAAGAAGAACGUCCAGCCAGACUAGAACAUGAACAAGAAGAACGUGCAGCCAGACUAGAACAUGAACAAGAAGAACGUGCAGCCAGACUAGAACAUGAACAAGAAGAACGUCCAGCCAGACUAGAACAAGAAGAACGUGCAGCCAGACUAGAACAUGAACAAGAAGAACGUCCAGCCAGACUAGAACAUGAACAAGAAGAACGUGCAGCCAGACUAGAACAUGAACAAGAAGAACGUGCAGCCAGACUAGAACAUGAACAAGAAGAACGUCCAGCCAGACUAGAACAUGAACAAGAAGAACGUUUAGCCAGACUAGAACAAAAACAAGAAGAACGUCCAGCCAGACUAGAACAUGAACAAGAAGAACGUGCAGCCAGACUAGAACAUGAACAAGAAGAACGUGCAGCCAGACUAGAACAUGAACAAGAAGAAUGUAAAAAGAGAUUGAGCUGGAAGAGCGACAAAGGGAGAUAGAUGUGGAAGCACUCCGAAUCCAGUCAGGCCAUCCGGCAUCCUCAAAAGGAAGUGGAUAUACAGUACCAGUCAAAAGUUUGUUCACACCUACUCAUUCAAGGGUUUUUCUUUAUUUGUACCGUUUUUUUACAUUGUAGAAUAACAUCAAAACUAUGAAAUAACUCAUAUGGCAUCAUGUAGUAACCAAAAAAGUUUUAAACAAAUCAAAAUAUAUUUUAUAUUUGAGAUUCUUCAAAUAGCCACCCUUUGCCUUGAUGACAGCUUUGCACACAACCCAAGGAUUGUGAUGUACUUCACAUUUAUGAGCACAAGGAUCUCACUCUUGAGAAAUCUGCAGUUCUUGCAGGUGAGUUUAUGUCAACACAUAAAACUACCAUCAUAAACAAAGCACCCAGUAGCUAUCCCUACGCAAAAAGCAAUCCAGAGAAGUCAACUCCUACUGCGAGGUUUCAGUCCUUUUCUACAGUGCCCAAAGUUAAAGAUCGGCAGACAACUGGUUUUAGGUAUCCACCAGUUUGUCAUUACUGCCGUGAAAAAGGACACAUUGUCUCUCAGUGUCCUAAGUUGAAACAGAACAAUGAGAGAGAGAAAAAAAAGCAGUUUCUUCUUGUGGGAGCACUCCAGCCCAUUAGGUCUCUGGUUGGGACUGGUGUAUCUCCUUGGAUCAGAUGUGUAUGAACCUUUUGUUUCAGACGGGUUCGUGACUCUGCAGAGUUGCGAUACUGUUAAGCAUCCGAGACACUGGGGGAGCCCAGUCCAUCAUUUUGGAGGGUGUUUUACCUUUGUCUGACACUUCAGCAACUGGUUACAGUGUGUUAGUACAAGGCGUGGAGAUGGGGUUGCAUGGAAGCUCCUUUGUAUAAUGUGGAACUCUAGUCUGGUCUUAUUUCUGGUUCCGUUGUCGUGGGAGCGAGGCCUAGCCUACCGGUGAAUGGGGUCUCAUUCAUUUUGGGAAACGAUUUGGCUGGAGGGAAGGUCGUGACUGUCAUUUGGGAAGGUUAGAAACCCAGAGUAGGGGAACCUGAUGGGUUAUCAGUAAAGUACCCUAGAGUGUUCCCAGCAUGUAAGGACCCCAGAGUAGAGGAACCUGAUGGGUUAUCAGUAAAGUACCCUGGAGUGUUCCCAGAGUAGGGGAACCUGAUGGGUUAUCAGUAAAGUACCCUAGAGUGUUCCCAGCGUGUGAGGAACCCAGAGUAGGGGAACCUGAUGGGUUAUCAGGAAAGUAACCCUAGAGUGUUCCCAGCGUGUGCUGUUACACGUGCUAUGUCUAUGAAAGUCUACCGUGUGCAAGUGUUGAGGAGGAUGUCAGAGAUCCCACCAUGGUCCAUCUGUCUGAGACAUUUAUGGGUGAUCCUGAUUUCGCUAAACCUCCUGAGUUGACCUCUCCUUUGAAAACCUCAGUGUAUUUAAUUACUUUGUAAAAUGAACAAACAAGGUGUUUUUUGUAUUUUAUUCGUCUUGUUUCUUUAUGCUGAAGGUUGGGCAUUAAGUCCCAGACAAUGUCAUGUCUAGUUUAGUGGAUCCAUGUCUGUGAAUUGUUAAGUUGUCUAUUGUAUAUUGUCCAAAAGAUUGUAAUCUUUAAAAAAUAUAUUGAAAAAAAUAACAGGGUCCAGGAGACCCAGGCAGAGGCAGGUGGGUAGUUCUGUCACACACAGUAAACUUUACUAUCAACAGGGUCCAGGUUACUAUCAACAGGGUCCAGGUUACUAUCAACAGGGUACAAGUUACUAUCAACAGGGUCCAGGUUACUAUCAACAGGGUCCAAGUUACUAUCAACAGGGUCCAGGUUACUAUCAACAGGGUCCAAGUAACUAUCAACAGGGUCCAGGUUACUAUCAACAGGGUACAAGUAACUAUCAACAGGGUCCAAGUUACUAUCAACAGGGUCCAAGUUACUAUCAACAGGGUCCAAGUUACUAUCAACAGGGUCCAGGUUACUAUCAACAGGGUCCAGGUUACUAUCAACAGGGUACAAGUAACUAUCAACAGGGUCCAGGUUACUAUCAACAGGGUACAAGUAACUAUCAACAGGGUCCAAGUUACUAUCAACAGGGUCCAGGUUACUAUCAACAGGGUCCAAGUUACUAUCAACAGGGUCCAAGUUACUAUCAACAGGGUCCAGGUUACUAUCAACAGGGUCCAGGUUACUAUCAACAGGGUCCAGGUUACUAUCAACAGGGUCCAAGUUACUCUCAACAGGGUCCAGGUUACUAUCAACAGGGUCCAGGUUACUAUCAACAGGGUCCAAGUUACUAUCAACAGGGUCCAGGUUACUAUCAACAGGGUCCAAGUUACUAUCAACAGGGUCCAGGUUACUAUCAACAGGGUCCAAGUUACUAUCAACAGGGUCCAGGUUACUAUCAACAGGGUCCAAGUUACUAUCAACAGGGUCCAGGUUACUAUCAACAGGGUCCAGGUUACUAUCAACAGGGUCCAGGUUACUAUCAACAGGGUCCAAGUUACUAUCAACAGGGUCCAGGAGACCCAGACAGGGUCCAGGUUACUAUCAACAGGGUCCAGGAGACCCAGACAGGGUCCAGGUUACUAUCAACAGGGUCCAGGUUACUAUCAACAGGGUCCAGGUUACUAUCAACAGGGUCCAGGUUACUAUCAACAGGGUCCAGGUUACUAUCAACAGGGUCCAGGUUACUAUCAACAGGGUCCAGGAGACCCAGACACGGUCCAGGUUACUAUCAACAGGGUCCAGGAGACCCAGACAGGGUCCAGGUUACUAUCAACAGGGUCCAGGAGACCCAGACACGGUCCAGGUUACUAUCAACAGGGUCCAGGAGACCCAGACAGAGGCAGAUGGAUAGUACUGUCACACACAGUAAAUUUAGGGCGGGAUCCAAUCAGGUCAGCAGUAGAUCCACCAUUUUGACGAUGAUGUUGUUGUUAUUUUGUUGUUGUUGACCCCAGCCUUGCGGCGUCUGAGAGGCCCGUCAGACAAGGUGUUCACAGAGCUGGAGGAGAUGAAGGAUGAGGCGGCUCACACCCAAUCAGCCCUCACCGUCAAGGAGUUCUUCACGAAACACUCCUACCGACAGCCAAUCAUCAUCGUCCUCAUCGUUAACCUGGGCUCCCAGCUCUCUGGCUUCAACGCGGUAUGUAGUUUUAGAUAAAAGACUGAGUCGUUUUAUUUAAAAUGCAUUUGUCCAGGUCUGUCUCAUUGAGAUAAGAAACUAUUUUGCAAAAGAGACCUGAACAUUUUGUAGUGAGUAAUCUGUUCUCUAUGGGGUAUUUAUUGAGACCUGAACAUUUUGUAGUAAGUAAUGUGUUCUCUAUGGUCUAUUUAUUGAGUAAUUAAUACAUUAAAUAGAAGGAAAAUAUUUAACCACUGAUUCCUCUUUAGUUACAAAGAUUUUCAGUGAGAGGAAAAACAUGUACAUAAUGUCCCCUUGAUGCUUAUCAGACUAGAGGACUAGCAGACUAGCACCAGACUGGCACCAGACUACCAGACUAGCAGCAGACUACCAGACUAGCAGUCUACCAGACUACCAGACUAGCAAUCUACCAGACUAGCAACAGACUAACAGCAGACUACCAGACUAGCAGACUAGCAGUCUACCAGACUAGCAGCAGACUAGCAGAAGACUGCCACACUAACAGCAGACUAGCAGACUAACAGCAGACUACCAGACUAGCAGCAGGCUACCAGACUAGCAGACUACUGGACUAACAGACUACCCGAUUACCAGACUAGCAACAGACUACCACACUAGCAGCAGAUUAGCAGACUAGCAGACUAGCAGACUACCAGACUAGCAGACUAGCAGACUACUAGACUAGCAGGCUACUAUAGCAAACCAGCAGACUACUAGACUAGCAGGCUAGCAGCAAGCUAGCAGACUAGCACACUAACAGACUGGCACCAGACUAGCAGACAAGCAGACUAGCAUACUAGCAGACUACCAGCAGACUAGCAGACUGGCAGUCUACCAGAUUAUCAGCAGACUACCAGACUAGCAGCAGACUAGCAGACUUGUAGACUACUAGACUAGCGUUCUACCAGACUACCAGAAUACCAGACUAGCAGACUAAAAGCAGACUAGCGCACUAGCAGACUACUAAAUUACCAGACUAGCAGGAGACUAGCAGAAGAUUACCAGACUAGCAGAAAAACUAGAAUAACAGACUAGCAGAAAAAUGUAGACUAGCAGACUACUAGACUAGCAGAACAGCAGAAAAGCAGCAGAUUAACAGACUAGCAGCAGACUAACAAACUAGCAGCAGACUACCAGAAUACUAGACAAUCAGACUACUAGAUUAGCAACCUACUAGACUAGCAGAGGACUACCAGACUACCAGACUAGCAGCAGACUACCAGACUAGAAGACAACUAGACUAGCAGACUAGCAGGAAAGCAGCGGACUAGCAGACUAACAGACCAGCGGAGACUAGCAGCAGACUAGCAGCAGACUACCUGACUAUCAGACUAUCAGUGGACUACCAGACUUGCAGACUUGCAAAUGGCUAGACUAGCAGACUGCUAGACUAGCAGACCUGCAGACUAGCAGCAGACUAGCAACAAACUAGACGCCUAGCAGACAACCAGCAGACUAGCAGACUACCAAACCACCAGAAUAGCAGCAUACUAGCAGAAGACUACCAGACUGCCAGACUAGCAGCAGACUACCAGACUAGCAGACAACUAGACUAGCAGACUACUAGACUAGCAGACUAGCAGAAAAGCAGCAGACUACCAGACUAUCAGAACAACAGACUAGCAGCAGACUAGCAGCAGAUUAGCAGACUAGCAGACUAGCUGCAGACUAGCAGACUAGCAGCAAACUAGCAGACCAGACUUCCAACAGACUAGCUGCAGACUAGCAGCAGACUACCGGACUAGCAGCAGACUACCAGACUAGCAGCAGACUACCAGACUAGCACCAGACUACCAGACUGGCAGCAGACUACCAGACUAGCAGCAGACUAGCAGACUGGCAGACUAGCAGCAGACUACCAGAUUAGCAGACUAGCAGCAGACUACCAGACUAGCAGCAGACUACCAUACGACCGGACUAGCAGCAGACUACCAGACUAGCAGUAGACUACAAGACUAGCAGCAGACUACAAGACUAACAGCAGAACUACCAGACUGGCAGCAGACUACCAGACUAGCAGCAGACUACCAUACGACCGGACUAGCAGCAGACUACCAGACUAGCAGUAGACUACAAGACUAGCAGCAGACUACAAGACUAACAGCAGAACUACCAGACUGGCAGCAGACUACCAGACUGGCAGCAGACUACCAGACUAGCACCAGACAACCACAGACUAGCAGCAGACUACCAGACUGGCAGCAGACUACCAGACUAGCAGCAGACUACCAGACUAGCAGCAGACUAGCAGACUGGCAGACUAGCACCAGACAACCGCAGACUAGCAGCAGACUAGCAGACUGGCAGAGUAGCACCAGACAACCGCAGACUAGCAGACUAGCAGCAGACUACCAGACUUGCUGUUAUUUGCUAAAGCCUCAGCACUUCUCCCUCUCCUCUCUCCAGAGUUGAUUCUGCGACAUUGUGUCAGGAUGGAGCUUCAGGCUAUCCUGCUGCUCAGUAGGGAACCAGGCUGAAGGAAAGACGGGCAACACAUGGAGGGUUUAAAACAUAUACUUCUCAUUUUCCAGAUCAUCAAUUAUUCCACCAAGAUGUUUGACAAGGCUAACUUUGACGAAGCCAAGUACCUGACGCUGGGGGUCGGGGCCGUGAACGUGACCUUUACUCUGGUGGCGGUGAGGAGAUAACACUAGAGUAAUCUCAUCUGUAAUCUCACCUGGUAUGAAUUAUGGAGGCUCACCUGUAAUCUCACCUGUUAUGAAGUAUGGAGACUCACCUGUAAUCUCACCUGUUAUGAAGUAUGGAGACUCACCUGUAAUCUCACCUGUUAUGAAGUAUGGAGACACACCUGUAAUCUCACCUGUUAUGAAGUAUGGAGACUCACCUGUAAUCUCACCUGUUAUGAAGUAUGGAGACUCACCUGUAAUCUCACCUGUUAUGAAGUAUGGAGACUCACCUGUAAUCCACCUGUUGAAGUAUGAGACUCACCUGUAAUCUCACCUGUUUAUGAAGUAUGGAGACUCACCUGUAAUCUCACCUGUUAUGAAGUAUGGAGACUCACCUGUAAUCUCACCUGUUAUGAAGUAUGGAGACUCACCUGUGAUUUUGUGUCUGUUUCUCCUCCUCAGUUCUUCCUUGAUGGAGAGGGCGGGGCGUAGGAAACUGCUUUUGACUGGCUUCCUGUGUCUAGCUGUGUGCAACCUCUCCAUGACCCUCAUCGACUCAGUCCUGGUAACCCUAACCACACCUACACUAACCCUAAAUUAUACAAUCUAUUAUAUUAAACAAUUGUCCAUCCGAGUGUUGUCCAUCCGAGUGUUGUCCAUCCGAGUGUUGUCCAUCCGAGUGUUGUCCAUCGAGUGUUGUCCAUCCGAGUGUUGUCCAUCCGAGUGUUGUCCAUCGAGUGUUGUCCAUCCGAGUGUUGUCCAUCCGAGUGUUGUCCAUCCGAGUGUUGUCCAUCUGAGUGUUGUCCAUCCGAGUGUUGUCCAUCCGAGUGUUGUCCAUCCGAGUGUUGUCCAUCCGAGUGUUGUCCAUCCGAGUGUUGUCCAUCCGAGUAUUGUCCAUCCGAGUGUUGUCCAUCCGAGUGUUGUCCAUCCGAGUGUUGUCCAUCCGAGUGUUGUCCAUCCGAGUGUUGUCCAUCCGAGUGUUGUCCAUCCGAGUGUUGUCCAGCUGUGUGCUGUCCAUUUGAGUGUUGUCCAUCCGAGUGUUGUCCAUCCGAGUGUACCUUUUUGGUGACUCUCUACCUGUAGGUGUAAUACAUUAUGAUGCUGUUAUUCAACAUGGUCUAAGGACAAUUCGUAUUAUUCUAUAUGUAAAUCUAUGACAAGGUUAGGGGAACUAAUGACAAAGGUUAGGAUAACUAAUGACAAAGGUUAGGGGAAUUGGGUUAAGUUUAGAAUAAGGGUUAGGGGAAGGGUUAGCUAAAAUGCUACAAUUGCCCCCGAUGUGACUCGAAACAGGCAACCUUUGAAUUGCUAGACUGUCGCGGAUUACGCCCACUCAUCCUCCCCGACCAAUAUAAGAUUUAUUGAGUGAUUGAUCUGCCCUUUAGUUCCUUGUCCCAGAGCUGCGUAGCCUGCAGGUGUUGGUCGUGUUCUUCCUGAUCUCAGCGUAUGAGGUGGGACCUGGUCCUAUUUCCUGGUUCAUCGCUGCAGAGCUGUUUGACCAGCCAGCCAGACCCAUCGCCAUGGCCUUCACCAGCAUGCUCAACUGGGGAGGGAAGUUCAUGCUGGCUCUGCUCUUCCCUCCGCUACUGGUACGUUUAACAUCGUCUGUGUCAUAGGAUAGCUGGAAUACAGCACCAAUGGUACAUGACAAUACGGCACCAAUGGUACAUGACAAUACGGCACCAAUGGUACAUGACAAUACGGCACCAAUGGUACAUGACAAUAUGGCACCAAUGGUACAUGACAAUAUGGCACCAAUGGUACAUGACAAUACGGCACCAAUGGUACAUGACAAUACGGCACCAAUGGUACAUGACAAUACGGCACCAAUGGUACAUGACAAUACGGCACCAAUGGUACAUGACAAGGGAACUGGAUCUGGACCUAGAGGUCUCAAGGUUUAGUUCCUGAAGGGGUAUGAAUGACUCCUUAUCUAGGUAAUUAGAGCUAAUACGUCCAUUCAUCAACAUACAGUUAUAGGAAAAGAUGGGGUGGUUUGAUAUCAUAGACAGGACUAUCUUCUAAAAUGAAUCAAUGAAAUGUAAAGCAAUUUCCAGUUGUGUUAACUCUCUGCUCCUGUGGGUGUCUCUCUCUGUAGAAAGUGUGUGGUGCUUACGUGUACCUCCUCUUUAUGACCAUGGCUCUGACAGCCUUCAGCUUCACCUGGAGACGCCUACCUGAGACCAAGGGACGCACCUUCGAUGACAUCGCAGCCGAGUUCCGAGGGCCCGAGGGCAUCCCCCUGCACAAUAAGACUGGUUUCAACACCUUCCCCUGACCUGACCGCCCUGGCCCCUCCCACCUCACCCCUGAC